GCUCCCAACGCUCCAUGUACCACUGACGUCACAUGUAGCAACGGCUGCUGCGAGAACAAUCCGUGUCUCAAUGGAGGAACCUGCUCUGAGAUCUGUCAGCCCACAAAUGUUCGGUACAACUGUUUCUGUCCUGUACCGUUUGUUGGUAAACACUGCGAGAUUCAGCUGAGAAGAAGCUGUCAGGAUUAUAAAGCAGCCAGUUUCACCGCCACUGGAUUGUACACCGUCAUUGAUGACCGAAACCAAACUUUCCAAGUAUUCUGUGAUUUUGAUUCUGAGCCUGGGUUCGCAUGGAACCUGAUUGAGUCAUUCAAUUUGUCCAACAACCAUCUUUUCAAGCUGAUCGUAUUUUACGAUGACUACCGAGCCAUCAGCGGUGAUGCUCCAAAUUGGCAGGCCUACCUCAUGGAACGACCCUACCUCCUUUGGCUCAGAGAUCACUCGACUCACUGGAGAGCUACUUGCCGAUACGAGACAGAUGGCACCGUACGUACAGAUUACCUGAGAGCCUCGCUUGAAGACUUCGACAUCAUUAGACAGGUACCCAUAGUGACCGAUGACUGUCGACCUUACGAAUAUGUGAACAUCCGGGGAAAUGAGUGUGUGAAUUGCACAACAAGGACCUGGUAUAAAAAAGGAGCUUAUCAUUUCCAUAUCGAUAGUUCCUACCAGAAUGGCUGUGAUUCCAGUGGAAGCAUUUCAAACCAAGCCGUACAAAGCGAGGACAACUUUGGUUUCUAUGAAGUGGUCAAUCCCAAAUUUCGAUGUACUUCAAGCCAAAAUGCAACGACUCAGUUCUGGAUUGGAGGCACUUUAUGACUUUCUAGUCCCUGACCCAGUUCCUGUUAAAAAGCAGGAAGUUCACUUAACCCAGGAAGACAUUU